AUGGGUGAAGCAAGAGAUCUAGGUAAUCCCUAUGAACUGCGUAUAUCCGUUUCAACGCGAUUUUGGCUUUAUUUGAUUCCGAAUAUUUCAUCAAUUUUUUGCUCAUUGUUUGUUUUGUAUCAUUUUCUGUUUGACCGAACGCUUCGUCAAGCAUUAAACAAUCAUAUAAUGAUUGUUCUUCUAUUCAUUGGGUUGAUCUAUGAAGUAACAAGUGUUCCACUGAUGCUUAAUUUUUAUCAGAACGGUGAUUCGUGGACAUUCUCACCACAGUUUGCGCAUUUCUGGACAUUUGUUGAUUAUCUGUGUUAUUCAAUGCAAAUUGUCGGCUUCGCCUAUGCGUCAAUCGAACGACACAUUCUCAUAUUCCAUUCCAAUUGGGUAUCGACAAGGAGGAGACGUUUCUGGAUUCAUUAUAUUCCAUUAACAUCAGUUGUGAUUUAUCAAGUUGCGUAUUAUUUUUGGAUUAUUCUUUUUCCGUUUUGCGAAGAAAUUCUUCGUCAAUCACCGUUCAAUGGCGUCCCCAUGUCUUGUGCAUUGAGUAAUCCGGUGCUCUACAAGUACAACACGAUUGCUCAUCAAUUUCUUCCUGUCACCCUUAUCAUUAUCUUAAAUAUUGCUCUACUUUUCCGAGUUUUAUGGCAGAAAUCUCGUCUGAACCGUUCAGUCGAAUGGCGAAAACAACGGAAAAUGACAAUUCAAUUGUUAUCAGCAUCGAUUCUCUAUUUUAUCUUCAUGGGACCAAGAACACUGUUUCAGUUUUGUCGAUUUCUUGGCUUAGAAAGCAACGAUAUCUUAGUUUUAUUUUAUCACAGUGCCUUUUUCGCCAAUUAUAUCAUGUUUCUGUUUCCGUUUGUCUGUUGUGGAUCGAUACCUAAAGUUGGGAAGAGACUGGCGAGACUGAUGUGUCGAAAACAACGACAAGUAGUCGUUCCUGGAUCUUUACCAACGAAUCCAGCAACGAAAAAACGCACAGGUCAAAUGGGAAUGACUGAUUUUUAA